AGCAGGACCGCCGUGCAGCCGGAGCCCAGCCCGGCCCGCAGGGAGCCUCUCGCCCGACAUGCCCGCCGAGGGGGAGCCGCUGAGCGCCCCCGCCGCCGGCCCGGGGCUCGGCGAGUCGCAGUACCUGCAACAGGUACGGCACAUCCUACAGCACGGCCACCGGAGGGAGGAUCGCACCGGCACUGGCACCCUCUCCGUGUUCGGCAUGCAGGCGCGGUACAGCCUGAGAGAUCAGUUUCCACUGCUAACAACGAAGAGGGUGUUCUGGAAGGGAGUGCUGGAGGAGCUGCUGUGGUUCAUCAAGGGUUCUACGAAUGCCAAAGAGCUCUCUGCAAAAGGUGUGAAGAUUUGGGAUGCUAAUGGGUCACGUGAGUUCCUGGAUAAGCAGGGUUUCAGCGCCAGAGAGGAGGGGGAUUUGGGACCAGUGUAUGGUUUCCAGUGGAGGCACUUUGGAGCAGAAUACAAAGAUAUGCACACAGAUUACUCCAACCAAGGAAUUGAUCAGUUGCAAAAAGUGAUUGAAACGAUCAAAACCAAUCCAGAUGACAGAAGAAUCAUUAUGUGUGCUUGGAAUCCAAAAGAUAUUUCUCUGAUGGCUUUGCCUCCAUGCCAUGCUCUUUGCCAAUUCUAUGUUCUAAAUGGUGAAUUGUCUUGCCAACUCUAUCAGAGGUCUGGAGAUAUGGGACUAGGAGUGCCUUUCAAUAUUGCCAGCUACUCACUGCUCACAUACAUGAUUGCCCAUGUCACAGGGCUAAAGCCUGGAGAGUUCAUACACACUUUAGGAGAUGCUCACAUAUAUCUGAAUCAUGUGGAAUCUCUUAAAGUUCAACUUCAGAGGGAGCCAAGACCUUUCCCCAAACUCAGAAUUCUUCGUAAGGUUGAAGACAUCAGUGACUUUAAGGCAGAAGACUUUCAGAUUGAAGAUUAUAAUCCUCAUCCACCUAUUAAAAUGGAAAUGGCUGUUUAAUGCUGUAAACCAGCAUUAAAUAUUUAUGUGGAAAUGUACCUAAGCUACUUAGUUUCUCUAAAAUGAUGGGGCUUUUAUAUACUUCGAAAGAUACCUGCUUUAUUAUUUAAAAGAAAUAGAUAGUAGCAGACCAGAACUGCCUUCAGUACUAACCUGUAGUUGUACAGAACAGAUGUACUGUUCUGUACAUUAUGCCUGAUGUACUGUACAGACAUUAACUCAUCUCUAAGUUGAUAGCGAGUUAGUUUUCUGCAUGUUUCAGUGGCCACUUAAAUUACCAUUCAGUUACUGUGAGCACUUGCUUAUGUGCUUCAUAUAAAGAGGAUUCCUUCAGGGUUGGAGAAUUUGUUAAAUAUGUUCUAAAGAGUAUAUGUCUAAUAAAGCUUUUUUAAAAAAAAUUCUGGAACGUAUG